GUCCUGGGCGUGUUAACAGCAGACCUGAACGGCCCGCUAGUGAGCUUCACUACCGUGCUCCGUCGUCGCGUUUUAUUUAUUCAAUUCAUACAUUUGUGGUAACUUUGACAUACGAUUAGAGGAACCCGGUAACUUGUUGAGCGGAAACUCGCAUGGAAGCUAGCUAAGCGGUGUUAUGGCGACUAUUUAGAACGUUUGGGGUUUUUUUUGUUGUUGUUUUUUUUGCUACAUGUCGAGAGUCGAGACGCCUCGGGUGAAAAGGAUGAAGUUUCAACUGUUGCUGCCUCUGACCAUAGCGUUGACUGUGGGCUUGGUGGUGGUCAUUAAAAGCCGCAAGCAAGAGCACGACAAAGUGGACAGACGGAACAAGUUAGAGCGCAUUAAACUGCGGGUGACCAACGACUUGCUGGUAGAGCACCAAACGGAGAAGAUUUCCUUGGAGAAUAAAAUCGACAUCGGAGAAAAGGAGGGCGAAGCUCUGCAGACAGAUGCGGAGUCGUGUGAAAAGAAAGCCUCGGAGAACAAGAAAGAGGUGGAAGAGUGCCAAGGAGCUGUGAAAUCACUGAAAGACGGUGUGGCCGCACUAGAGACGGAACUCAGUGAUCUGCAUGGUGAAACGAGUAAAGAGAAGAACUCAUGGACUGACAAACUGGAAUCACUGAAAAAGGAACUACAGGUGCCAAGUGCAGUGUGUGCCUUUUUGAAGAAAGGAUCAGAUUCUGCAAGUAAAUUGUGUAACAGUAAACCAGAAGAACUCAAGGUAGAGGCGCCUCAACCAGAAGAACUGAAGGUAGAAGCGCCUCAACCAGAAGAACUGAAGGUAGAGGCCCCUAAACCAGAGGAGCCGAAGGUAGAGGCCCCUAAACCAGAGGAGCCGAAGGUAGAGGCCCCUAAACCAGAGGAGCCGAAGGUAGAGGCCCCUAAACCAGAGGAGCCGAAGGUAGAGGCCCCUAAACCAGUGGAGCCAAAGGCAGAGGCUCCUAAACAAGGAGCAAGGGUUGAGGACUGAACCUGAGCAGCAGAGGCUUCUAAACAUGAAGAUCCAAAGUGUAUAGGCCUGACACAGAAGGAGUCUGACAACUUUUGCAUCAUUUUCUACUAAUGUUGCACGACUUCAGAAGUUGCCAUAUUGGAUAUUGCUAUUCAAUUUCAACAUGUUAUUUAUUUUUGUGGAAUAAAUGAAAUGGUCUAUGAACAUCUGCCUCUAUUGGAUGCAUGUUCUGUGUUUAUAGUUACGCAAUCAUCAGCAGCAUCAUUCAAACAAAAUGAUUUAAUCUCUCCAUACAUGGUCUGAGUAAAACAGAUUUAACUUGAUGAUCCGGGUGGUAAAAGUACCUUAUCACAUCCUGUACCUUUUCACAUCCUGUCUGACUGGUAGCAGGUGUUUGCCUUCUCACAUGCAAUUCCUUUGUGUAUUGCUUAGAUUGUACAGGAUCUGCAUUGUGGUCAUGGAUUACUUGUUAUCAGGAACACUGCAUGCACAUGAACAUGAAGUCGAUCAAAUACAAUGUAAGAGGAAAUGAUCAUGAACUUUUAACGAGAUUCACUAAUGUAACUUAAAUAUUUUACUGUAGAUAAUGGCCCACAAAAGAAAAAAAAUAGUGAAAUCUUUAACUAUGCCUCUGUGUGCAUGUGCGUGUGUGUGUGUACGUGUAAGUUUUUUUUGUUUUUUUUGUCUGGAAAUAAACAUCCCACAAAUUAUAUUUAUCUGGUUUUAUCCACGUUUAAUUUUUUUUUGUAUUAAGAAAAACAAGUUUAAAAAAUGAGAACAUGAAAAAAAAGUAUUUUACAAAACAAAUUUGUAUAUACAUGCUUUUCAUUGAACAUCAACAAUAAAGAGCAUCUCUUAUGUGAUCUGAAUCAUUCCCUUCUCACAGCUCAAAAGAGCCUUGGGAUGUGCAAAUAGUAUUUGUAUUUUAGAAAUUUGAUGAGGCAGUGACAGGAUAAUGUCUGAAAUGUACCAAAACCAGAUGAAAAGUGAUUCAAUGUUACAUUGUUGCAUGAGACAUGUUUAAAGCUAUUUUACUUCACAUGGCUUUUUGUUAUUUAACCUUUUGAUCAUGUUUGACUUUGUGCUGCAAUGCACUCAUCACAUCUGUUUGAGUGUGUGUAUUAAAAAGUGGCCCCAGGCUCACAAUUAGGCGAUCAAAGGGCUGUCAUUCUGCCCCAAUAGGUCCACAAGGUCAACACAAGAGCAGAACAGAGAAAUGGUGUUGGUGGUGGUUGGGGUCGACUGGAUUAGUCAGACUGACUUGGUAAGCAUGAGUUGCUGAUCAUAAAAUGAGGUUUUUAUGUUUCGUUUGAAUCCAUCUGUGUCCUUUCGGUAGUCUUACCUUUUACAAGUUACUUUCUCUUGCUUCUCUCUUUUGAAAAAUAAAACCAUACAAAGUCACUAACAGGACAAAGUGGUUGAUCUUUCCAUGCUGUGAUGUGAGCAUUGGUUGCUAAAAUGUGAUAAUAUUAUCACCUUGACAACCAGAGGUUACCUCUCCUCAGUGAUUGUCUUUUUGUAUGUAAAUUAACUGUGCUGUAUUCACUACAUCAUUGUAUGAAAUAAAGUUGACUAAAGCUG